GCGGCGCCGCGGGGCCCGCGGGGAGCGGGGACGGCGCUGCCCGGAGCCCGGCGCUGCCCGGAGCCCCGUGUGCCCGGAGCCCGGCGGUGCCCGGAGCCCCGUGUGCCCGGAGCCCGGCGCUGCCCGGAGCCCCGUGUGCCCGGAGCCCGGCGGUGCCCGGAGCCCGGCGGUGCCCGGAGCCCGGCGGUGCCCGGAGCCCGGCGGUGCCCGGAGCCCCGUGUGCCCGGAGCCCGGCCUGCCCAGGCAGCGGGAGCCGGGGGCGGGACAGGGGCCCGGGGCAGCGGGGCGGCCCCUCGUGCGCCGCGGGGUCCCUGGAUGUCCCGGGGCGCUGGGGAGGGCCGGGCCGGGGGCUCUGUGGGAACUCGUGGUUCUCUUCUCCGGAGCUGCUCUGCCUGAGCCUCUCGGCGGUGACGGCGCUCGGAGCCCCUGAUGUGUUUCUGCCUCUGCACUCAGCAGGUGUCGCUCCUUUAUUUGAAGUCUGCCGUCUGCCAGUAGAUGGGUCACUUCUGUAUCAAACCUCGCUUGUUUGAUUCACGGCUGCGCUCCCCCUGUCUGAUCUCUACAAAAACGUGUGACCCUCCAGCUCCUCUGCACGACAGCAUUCAUCUCUGAAGAGUGAGACCUCCUUGUGAAAAGUGCUUUUUCUGACUUUCAGUGGAGACAGGCCACAUUCUGGAAAUGGUAGGAAAGGUUUUCACAUUAGGAAGCAAUGUUCUAAGAAUGUCAUCAGGCAUCCAAAUAAAAACAAAGUCUGCAGCCCAGAAAAGCAAGACAUGUUCUCCAGAAUCACAGCCAAAGCCUAGUGCCAAGCUGAAUCCUAAAACUAUUGAUCCAGUACGUUUUCGUGCUUAUUCUCAACCAUCAUCUGCAUUUGCUGCUACAUAUGCUAGAGGUGGCAUUCCGUGCAGGUUAGUGCAUGGAUCAGUAAAACACAAACUUCAGUGGGAAUGCCCUCCUGAAACUCUUCCCUUUGAUCCUCUUCUGUUAACAUUGGCAGAGGGACUAAGAGAGACAAAACAUCCCUAUACUUUUGUUUCCAAGGAGGGUUUUAAAGAAUUACUUCUGGUAGAAGGUGCUGCUGAAAAAGCUAUUCCCUUGUUGCCUCGUCUAGUUCCAGUCUUAAAGGCUGCAUUGGCCCAUGCGGAUGAUGAAGUAUUUGGAAGAGGAUUGGAUGCUUUAGUGCAAUUGAGUGCUGUUGUUGGUCCAUCUCUUAAUGAUCAUCUUAAACUUCUGCUCACAAAUCUUUUAAAGAGAUUAAUGGACAAGAAACAUAGAGAAGAAGUUACUGUUGCUUUACAAAAGUUGGAGCACUGUGGAGGAAAGGCAACUGUGGCGAUUAUCAAAUCUAAAAUUCCAACCUAUUGUUCUAUCUACUCUUGAACAAGGAAACUAGUGAUUUAUACUGUAAAGUGGUUUGGAAAGAAACUGUAAAUAUCACUGACACUUAUUUGGGGUAUGAUAUAUUCUCUUAAAAUAAUAAUUAUUCCUCAGUAUGUUGGAGAGCAGGAGUCCUAUCAGUUUGUGAAUAUGUAAUUAUGGAAGACUUUUCUUUGUAUAUUUGUAUAUGCAUUUGUCUUACAGUGAUACUGAUUAAUGUGCAUUAUUUCAAGAGCAGAAUAAAUAUUGAUUCUUAUUUAGUUUUUAAUUACAAUUUCAUUUAUUAUAUCUGCAGUACUUAAUAUGUUGUGUAUAUUUGUGUAAUGCAAAAUAAUUUUGUUGUAAUUACUUAAAUAAAAUCUAACUUGGUGCUAAA